AUGGGUCUUCCCGAUAAAGUUCAGAUUAGCCCGGGUGAGAAACCACCCCCUGACAAAACCAUAACGUAUGCCUCUGCUCUCAACGAACGUGACACCUUGAUCCUGCCAACAUCCACAUCACUCAACAACCCUCGUCAAGUAUGGCGCCGUGCUGAUAAUCCAAAUGCUCUACUCUAUGAUCUGUCACCCUUUCAGCUUUCAGAUGCUCAAUUUCGACUUGCUGUAGGCAAGUCCCCUGUCAGCAAAGAUGCCCAUGGUGUCAUUGUACAUCGAUCCCGCAAACACGUUAUUGCCGAAGUUGCAUUCAACAGCCAAGAAGCAUGCAAAAAACAUCUUGAUACUCCCAUUUCUCUUAACGAUGACACAAAAGUCUACGGUUCUUUCCCAAUUCCUGAUGAAUGGGAUGUUGUCAAACUCAAUCUCGAUCACAUCCCUCUGUACACUCGUGACGUCCUCUGCUCCUCCCUCAUAACAGCCCUUCAGCCUUUUGGAGAGAUCGUUCAACUCGGCACUUACCUUGAGCAAAAUUUUUUCACCGGCAAAGGUUUUGCUUACAUCAAUGUUAACCCCAACCCAGACGCCAAUUCAAACAAAGCACUCCCUUUCAUCCCCAACGAGCUGACUCAUUGUAUUACUAUCUCACGUAAGGAUGGAUCCUUCCCUUCCCGUAUGCAUGCCACUUGGUCCAAAAUGCCACUAUAUUGUCGUUAUUGUCAUCACCAAGGUCACACAAGAAUUCAAUGUCCAAACAAGCCCAAACCACGAUGCCAUCAUUGUCAAGAACUAGGUCACCUUCGUAAAGACUGCCCUGUACGCCAUGGUUCAGCACCCCUGCCUAAUAACAACAUUGCUAUCUCAGAUAUUCCCGACAAGGAUUCGCCUACUUUUCGAUUGUCUAAAUCUGGUAUCUCAAAACGACAACGCACACUAUCACCUCCCCAGCAGCUCCACUUUAAUUUCAGCCCCACUCUUUCAAAGACUGAAAAGACCGAAUCUAAUCCACUGACCACAUCUGCGCCUCCUGACCCUGUCCUUUUAGCCGAUCCUCCAGGCAACAAGGCUACUAGCAUGGAUAUUUCUUCACCACCACCACCUUCUAGUGCAGCACCCACGGAUGAUAUGGUGCCGUAA